AUGUUGGCUAAACUUAUUCAGUUAAUUGCAUCCAUCUUAGGCUUAAUCAAAAAUGAUUAUAAUGAUGAAAAUUUAAGAAAGGGGUUGAUAGAAUGUAAUAAGACAUCCAAAAAAUUAAGGAACUCCAUGAGAUAUGCCAAGACGAUUGGUGAAAAGCAGCACCUCGAAGCCCAGAUGCGGCAGGUGAAAACAUUAAGAAACCAACUAAAAGCCGAACAGAAGAAGGGGGCGGGACUGACACCAACAAAGCAGACUGCAAAGCAUAGGGUACAAUGGGAUGACACUAUAUCUGCAUUUAAUUCAAGAAUUAGAACUGGAGUCAUCUCAAACCUUAAACACAAGGACCCGGGUAGUUUCCUGGGAGAUUGCAAAGCCCUAUUCAAACGUAGAAUUCAUAACGCUCUUAAGACUGAUGAGGCAGUAAAGGUCAAUAUGGUAUUUGGUGGAGAAUUUCAAGUAGCCAGCGGAGAUAAGGUCCUCAAUGAUACCAAGUAUUUCACUACUUCAAACUCCCCCAUCUAUAGAGAUACGAAUAUUGAUGAAUGGUUCGAAAAAAAAGUAGUGGAGCCCAUCUCCAGAGACUUGGAAGAAUUCCAAGAACGCGAUUCUGGAUGGGCUCUAAAGGCAGUUGUUAACCUGGGGGUCAACAUUAACAAAUUUACACCGCAGCUUGGCUCCUCAUACAUUGAACUCCCCCCUCAGAUAAAACGAAAGAAGGCGUGCAUUAAUGUUAAAAACGAUGACGAGGCAUGCUUUGCAUGGGCUAUCAUAUCGGCAUUAUACCCUACAAAUAAAAAUGUCGAUUUAAUGACAUCUUACCCGCACUACUCGAGUGUAUUUAAACUUAAAGGUAUUCAGUGGCCUAUGACCAUCAAACAGAUUCCGAAUUUUGAAAAGCAGAAUAAUAUAUCGAUCAACGUGUACAUUUUGAAAAAGGAGAAGAAAAACUAUACGACCCUCCCAACCUUCCUAACAAAGAACAAGAAAGAUAAACAUGUGAAUCUUCUUCUUGUUCAAGAUACAUAUGAUGAGCAAGGUCCGAUUAGAUAUCAUUACGUUUGGAUAAAAAAUCUAUCCCGCCUCCUUUCCAAGCAGCUUAGCAAACGUGAUGGAACAAAAUAUUUCUGCGAUAGUUGUUUACAUUAUUUUAUUACUAAGGAAAAGCUAAAUGUUCAUAAGGCAUGCUGCAAAGGGCGAUCAGAUGUUAUCUGUGAUAGGUGUUUACAACCAUUUUCAUCGUCUACACAGCUAGAAGCCCACACCAACGAUUGUGUAAGAAUAAAUGAAACAGCCAUCAAAAUGCCAGAACAAAGUCGUAAAAUGCUUAGAUUUAAGAAUUUCUGGAAUAAGAUUAAAGCCCCCUUCGCCGUUUACGCAGAUCUCGAAAGUGCUCUAAAACGUACAGGAGAUCCUAAGAAACAUCAGGAACACAUUCCUGUAGCCGUUGGGUAUUUCUUCAAAUGUUCAUAUGAUGAUACCCUAUCGUUUUAUAGCUCAUAUCGAGGAAAGGAUUGUAUGAAAUGGUUUGCAGAUGAACUUAAUCAGCUUGCUGUGAAUGUUUCUACAGUGUUUAUGUGCCCAUAUGAUAUAGAUAUGACAUCUCAGCAAGAGAGUGAUUUUCAUGCAGCCACUCAUUGCCAUAUCUGCGAGCAGCGCUUCUCCCUCGAUGAUAAGAAAGUGCGGGACCACAACCACCUCACUCCAGAACAUAACUACAGAGGGGCUGCCCAUGAAGGGUGUAACAUUAAUUAUAAAGAUGCUCACACUAUCCCAGUGAUAUUUCAUAACCUUAGCGGAUAUGACGCCCACUUCAUUGUUAAUGAUAUUGCCACUCACAUCAAAGGCCCCGUAGAUCUUCUUCCUAUUACUAAGGAGAAAUAUAUCUCUUUUACGAAACACAUUGAUGAUGCACGAAUUAAAUUCCGUUUUAUCGAUAGUUUUCGAUUUUUGGCGUCUUCUCUCGAUAAGCUCUCUUCUUAUUUGACCGAAUAUCCUAAUCUCCGCUCUCAAUAUACUUCGCUUCCUGAGGAGAAUUUUCAUCUUUUAACUAAGAAAGGAAUCAUGCCAUAUGAUUAUAUUGAUUCUUUUAUAAAAUUUACUGAAACGUCUCUACCUCCUAUUGAGUCUUUUUAUAAUAAACUUGACGAUAAACCAUGUCCCCGUCGGCAUUAUCAUAGAGCCCAAGAUGUCUGGUCUUCAUUCUCCUGUUCCACUCUCGGGGAUUAUGUCGAUUUAUACAUGAAAACGGACAUUCUUCUUCUUGCAGACGUCUUUGAGCAAUUUCGAACCAGUUGUCUCAAAACAUAUAAUCUUGACCCAGCUCAUUACUUUACUCUUCCCGGCUUCACGUGGGAUGCAAUGCUUAAGCACACAAAACAGGAACUGGAGCUUUUAACAGAUCCAGAUAUGUUUUUGUUUGUGGAGCGUGGUAUUCGUGGUGGUUUGAGUCAAGUUUGCUCGAAACGCCGCGUCCACGCUAAUAACAAGUAUAUGACAUCUUACGAUCCAUCGAAGCCCGACUCAUAUCUGAUGUAUUUCGAUGUCAAUAAUCAAUAUGGCUGGGCAAUGUCUCAAUUCCUUCCAUAUGGAGGCUUCGAAUGGGUCGAUGCCAACAUUGAUGUCCUAUCCAUAGCUGACGAUGCUUCUGAAGGGUACUUUCUCGAGGUCGAUCUGGCGUACCCCCAACAUAUCCACGAUAGUCAUAAAGAUCUUCCGUUUUGCCCCCAAUCAUUGAACCCUAAAACUAUGCUUCCUCCUAAACGACCGCGAGAGCAAACCAAAUUAAUGGCUACCCUUCAUGAUAAAGAAAGAUACGUAAUUCAUUACAGGGCCUUGAAGCAAGCGCUAGCUCACGGAUUGGUGCUCAAAAAGAUUCACCGAGUCCUGAAAUUUAAGCAGUCUCCUUGGUUAAAGUCAUACAUUGACUUGAAUACAAAUCUCCGGAAGGCAGCGAAAAAUGAAUUUGAGAAAAAUCUUUUCAAACUUAUGAACAAUGCUGUGUUCGGCAAGACCAUGGAAAAUGUACGCAAGCGCGUUGAUAUUAAAUUGCUUACUGAAUGGGAUGGUCGUUAUGGAGCUGAAGCUCGAAUAAGCAGUCCAUUGUUUAAGAAUGUUACUAUUUUUAAUGAAAAUUUGGUAGCUGUCGAGAUGAAUAGAGCGGAAAUAUGGUUAGAUAAACCAAUAUAUGUGGGCAUGAGUAUACUGGAUUUAGCUAAAACUACGAUAUAUGAUUUUCACUAUGGGUAUUUAAAUAGAAGGUUUGGUGAGAACUUUACGACCUGCUAUACAGAUACCGAUAGUGUGAUCGUGGAGAUACGGGAAAAGGAUCCCUAUGAGGCUAUGAAAACAGACUGCCAUCGGCACUUUGACACGUCUGACUACCCUAAAGACAAUAUUUAUGGCAUUCCCCAGCUUAACAAGAAGGUGUUGGGUAUGAUGAAAGAUGAGAAUAAUGGCUGCAUUAUGACUGAUUACAUAGGGCUCCGAUCUAAAUUAUACACGACCAAGGUAGCUAUCACAGAUAAUGACAUCAAAAAACUGAGGAGGAAGUUGAUAGAUCAGGAGUAUGAGGACGAUGAGAUUGAAAUACUUAUUAAAAAUUAUGGUGUGACAAAGAAGGCGAAGGGGGUUAAGAAAUCUGUUGUAAACACUAAAAUUAGCUUCGAAGACUACGUCGAGUGUUUAGAUAACUUUACAACAAAGACCGCCUCACAGAAUCUAAUACGCUCAGAUAAGCACCAUGUUUAUACCAUAACACAAAGCAAGAUUGCGCUCAGCCCUAAUGAUGAUAAAAGAAAUCACCUUCCGGAGUCUUAUGACACGCUUCCUUGGGGGCAUUAUUUAGUUGAUAAUCUUGAGCUGGACUUGGAUUAG